CGCCCCCGAGCGGUGACGCCCGUUGGGAUCCUAGUUGGCGUACUUCAACAGGACUCCCGCGGUUGUGUUCAACCCUUCCCGGUCACCAUGCCGGGUAGUCAAUAGGAGCCAAUGCCUAAGGCCAAUACCUUCAAUUUCCGUAAUCAAUAAAGUUGUGGCCUUUUAUGCCCAUUAACCUUAUAUCAUUGUGUCCGUGUCUUUAUUUCAUUGGGGGAGGUAACUUGCCACGCAAAGAGUUUUUUCAUGAUUGCAACCAACAACGAAGGUAAAAGAGCAGAGUGAACCUGAGAGAGUUAGUGUCCAUUUUUAAGACAAAACCAAUUCAGGAGAGAGCGAGAAAGAGUGAUGGCAACCAUGAUGGCAACCAACAACAAAGGAGGAAGCUACCCCAAAGUCGGAGGAGAUAGGAGAAAAAGGACCGUUUUCACUCCUGCCCAAAUCGAGCUUUUAAAGAAGGAGUUUGAAGAGAACCAGUAUCCCGGAUACCAGACUAGGGAGGCGCUGGCGAGGUGCAUCAGAGUCGAAGAAGAUCGUGUGCACGACCUGGUUUCAGAACAGAAGAGCGAGAACAAAGGUGACUGGUUCCAAAAUAAUGAUCAGGACCCGAGCUACAGCUCCUUAUAGCCGCUGUGACAGAAGAAGAAGUCCAUUAAACACCCCGGGGAGCAGCCCAAAAAGCAGCCAUGCAGCUUCCAUUAUCCCGAAAGCUUUUGUUCAGACCUGGUUUCAGAACUGAAGAGCGAGAACAAAGAUGACUGGGUCCAAAACAAUGAUCAGGAACCGAGCUACAACUCCUUAUAGCCGCUCUGACAGAAGAAGUCCAAGCACUCCGAGGAGCAGUGCAAGAAGUCCGACGCAGCAACAUUACCAGCCACGCAGCUUCCAUUAUCCCGAAAGCUAAGAAGGAGCAGGGUUCUGGCAGGCACAUCUCAGCACCACGCAACCAGGAGAGCCUGUCUAUGCCACACAGCAGCAGAACUCCCAGGAAUUGAACCCUGUUCAUUACCAGCCAGCUGCUGUUGGUGGAACAGCGCUUUGUGAGACUUCCAAGGCAAGCAACUGCCCAGUUCCAUAUUAUGGUGCAGAGAUGAUGAGGCAGCCUCCACUAUCGAAUGGUAACUUCUGUACUCCAUCAAGCAGUAAAACUGGUCUGCAAUGGGGAACACUUAUGCAACGGGGAAUUAUCCAGCUGCAAAUCCUGUGCAAAUGUUGCCUGACCUGAAGAUUACCAAAAUUGGCAGCAAAGCAACAUCUUCCCUUCUCCCAACGCUUUCUAGGGUUACUCAUCCAAAUAAAUACAUUUUGAAGUUUUUCAAUAAAGUUUGUUAUUUUAAUGCCUUUGUCUGGGAUCAUCAACUGGCUUUCCUUUUACUGAAGCAUUCGCUUCCCUUUGCCCAAGCAAGCUAAGACCACUUGUAUACUGAAAUCAAAAAUAAAAGCUGAACAAUUUGCCACUUGUUCAAAUAAGGACCAAAGUCAAAAUCUGGGGUUAGAACAAUUGGGUAAAUGUUUCAAAAUAUUCCAAUUUUGCUCUUGUUUUUGUUGGGUUGAUGUGGGUUAA